ACGUGUACAUGAAGCCCCGCCCCCAGUUGUGCACGAUUUAAAGAGACAUUGUGCCAACUCGACAGGAGAAGGAUAAAAGCUCAGGACUGGAAAUGCAGCUGUUUGUCCUCUCGGUGUUGUUGGCGCUCGGCCUGGCCGUGCCUCCUCAGGAGAAACGUGUGCACCACCAGCGUGAUCUGAGCGACCACGCCCAUGACGACGCUCACGGCUACCAGUACGACCACGAGGCCUUCCUUGGCAAAGAGGAAGCAAAGACCUUUGACCAGUUGACCCCUGAGGAAAGCAAAGCCAGGCUCGGGAAAAUUGUGGAGCGCAUCGACACGGAUAAGGACGGCUUCGUUAACCACGCCGAGCUGCACCACUGGAUCAAACACAGGCAGAGGAGGUACAUUGAGGAGAACGUAGACAAGCACUGGAAAGAGUAUGACCAGAACAAGGAUAGCAAGAUCUCCUGGAUCGAGUACAAGAACACUACUUACGGAACCUACCUGGACGACGAGUCUGAGGAUUUGGAGGACAGAGAGACGUAUAAAGCCAUGCACUCCCGAGACCAGCGCCGGUUCAAGAUGGCGGAUAAAGACGGAGACGGCGUCGCCACGAGGGAGGAGUUCACCGCAUUCCUCCACCCGGAGGAGUUCGAUUACAUGAAGGGUCUUGUAGUGCAGGAGACGAUGGAGGACAUUGACAAGAACGGAGACGGCAAGGUCAAUUUAGAGGAGUACAUCGGCGACAUGUUCACUCCUGAGGAGGGCGAGAGCGAACCUGAGUGGGUGACUACAGAGAGGAAACACUUCUCCGAGUACAGAGACCUCAACAAGGACGGUUUUCUCGACGCUGAUGAAGUUGCUCAUUGGAUUCUGCCGAGAGACGUCGAUCACACCGACAACGAGGCCAAACAUCUCAUUCACGAGACAGACAAGAACAACGAUGAGAAAAUUUCCAAGGCAGAGAUUCUGGAUAACUGGAACAUGUUUGUUGGAAGCCAAGCCACCAAUUAUGGAGAAGAUCUGACGAGGAAACACGACGAGCUCUGAUCUGAGUCAGGGCUCAAACACUUACAUGUACAGAAGGGGGAAUCGAGCAUACAAUCCUCUAUGCAAAGAAAUAUCCGUUUACAUUUUAUAUUAACAGGUGGGAGGGUCUUAAUAUUGGGGUGGGGUUAAAGGUCGGGGUCACAACAGAAGGGUCAGUGAUGGGGUCAGGAGGCAGGGAGAGAAUUUCAGUUCACCUAAAACAGAUUGUAUUUAUUUAGUCACACGGCUUUUACUCACUAAACACCAGGUACACGUACACGUACACACUCACACUCAUCCAUACAGCACGUUUUUACACCCUGAGUGUGGCUCUAAACUCCUCCCACUCCUCUCACUCCCCUCCCCUUCAGUAAAAACCUCAGCGAUGUAGAAGCGUUCCUCAGAGGGACGUUAGCCGAUAGAGGAGUACGUCGUUAUCAGGUCAGAGGUUGGUGAGUGAAGCAGGAGACAUGAACUUGUGACGGUCCACAGCAGGGACUUACAGCCUCGGUGUGAUUCAGAAGGUGUCUGCAUUGAGACUGCACCUGUACACCAAGUCUACUCCAUCUACACACUCCACCCAAAGCUACACGCUCAGGAGGACCUCAGGGUCAGGAUCAGAGGUAGGAUGAGGAUCAGCCACACUCAGGAACCACUUUGUGUUUGUUCAUGAACACACCAGAGUUACACACUGAAGACAAGAGACUGAGCGCCUGAACCGAGCUGUUACACACACACACACACACACACACACACACACACACACGCCUGAACAUCUCCCAUCCCCAGUAGAGGUCCCUCACAGUGAGAGGUACAGAGGAGGCAGAAGGUGUUUGGAAUGAGACACAGUUCUGUUAGUUUACUGAUGAAUCAUUUCUCUGUGAAUUCCAGAUCAAAUAAAAGCCAAAUCCUGUUUUUUUUU